AUCGGUCAAACGCCACAGUAACCUCGUGUUAUUUCACUAUUUAGAUUAACAGGCGAUUUAGGCCGAGUGAGGGGAAACCUUUGGGUCCAUGUUUCCUUUCAGCAGCAGUGAAUCGCCUGCUUAUUCAAAUGAGAACAUCAAGCAGAUGACUGAAGUGUUAUGCUCAAACGCUGAAUCUCAGCAUCCUACACACACACACACACACACACACACACACACACACACACACACACACACACACACACACACACACACACACACACACACACUGGAGCUCCGCCACAGCCUGCAGCUGCAUUGACGGUAAACAGAACAAGGUAGCGCAUGGGCAGCCAGCAGGGAAUUAUUCCACAUCGCAUCACAUCCCUGAGCAUACAUGGCGCCCUCACACACCGAGCCAUGAAUUUAACGCACAGGCUGACGGGGUAGCUGCAAAUUUCUCCAUCCUUCCUUUUUUUUUUUCUUUUUGCAGCCAUCAUCUUUUGCGUCGGUGUGCAUCACUGGGGGAGAAUCAGCGCACAUUGCUACAGUAGGUACCAUCAUUUUGUGAAGUCAAGACGAUGGAUGUGGCUUUAUCCGGAUCUUUUCCUGCAAAAAUCGGCAGACGAGCGCGAUUUUUUAUUCCAACCGCAUACACAUCUUCUGCAGGGUGCAAGGUGUCUUUGAAAAGGGAAGCGACGGACCUCUGGAGGAAAUGAGAAGAAAGGUCUAUUUUGACUCACGCCUGUCGAGAUGGAGGCAUCAUUAAGAAGACCUUUACAUUCCAGAUCAAACACGCCUCAUUAGAUCAUUGUUAUUCUGCGUAAGAGCAAAGAAACAUCCCUUAGCUGUGACCUGCAAACUUCUUUUGCCUAUGAGCACUGAAUCACAAAGAAGAUUGAUCCCACCGUCGACUCCAUGUAGGAACAGCUCCCUCCGAUUCCCACAGCCUCGACUUGUGCUUGGAUUUCAGCAUUCAGUCAAAUCCACCAGGACAGAGUAUGCCAUCUGCACCUUUUCACAGAAUCCUACGACCCCUUCUGCUCGGCACUUUCAUUCUGGGAUGCUUUGUGACUCUGUUUUUGAUGUAUUUUAAACCAUCCACAAGCUGGUUAUCUGGUCCCGUAGAGUCGACAGUAUCCACAGAUCGGGUCAAGGCCCUCUUCUCCACCAGGAGCGAUAAAAACGUGACCACUGUGCUGAUCUGGCUCUGGCCGUUCGGACAAACCUAUGACCUGGGUGUGUGCAGCUCUCUCUUCAACAUCGAGGGCUGUUUCAUCACAGCGGACAGGAACCUCUUUAACAAGUCAGAUGGGGUCGUCAUCCAUCACCGGGAUAUCUGCACUGACCUGUCUAACCUGCCCCCAGUCCAGCGACCGUCCUUCCAGAAGUGGAUAUGGAUGAACUUGGAGUCGCCGUCGCACUCCUCCCAGCUGCCUGGGAUCGAGAACAUGUUCAAUCUGACUCUCAAUUACCGUCAGGAUGCUGACAUCGAAGUGCCUUAUGGGUCCAUCGUAGCAGCGGAGGGCGAUGAGGACUUCGUCCCACCCAGCAAAAACAAGCUGAUCUGCUGGAUUGUGAGCAACUGGAACCAGGAACACGUGCGAGUGAAAUACUACAAUGAGCUGUACAAACACAUUGAGGUGCACGCGUACGGACAAGCCUUUGGGGAGUACAUCGCCGACCAAGACUACUUCCCCACCAUGGCAAGCUGUAAGUUCUACCUGGCCUUUGAAAACUCGAUCCACAAGGACUACAUUACUGAAAAACUCUACAACCCGCUCUCUGUGGGGACCGUGCCAGUGGUUCUUGGCCCGCCCAGGCAGAACUACGAGAACUUUAUCCAGGGAGACGCCUUCAUCCACGUGGACGACUUCACCUCGCCCAAGGAGCUGGCUGAUUACCUGCUGCUCCUGGACAAGAACGAGGAAAUGUACCUCAGAUACUUUGAGUGGCGGCGGCACUUUAAAGUAAAGAAGGCCUAUUUCUGGGCAGAGCACACAUGCCUGGCUUGUGAUUACCUGCGUAGGCACAAAGAAUACAAGUCAUUCAAUAACCUUGACAAGUGGUACUGGGGUGGGUAGUGCUGUGAAGGGCUAUGCAGUGCUUGUUUUGGUAUUGAAGGCAGCGCUUUAAGAGUUUUGUCCUUCGGUUAACAUGACGGUUCAUUACUGUUUUGUCCUAAGCUCCCAAAUGAUUUUUCAUUUUGUUCAGAGGCCCAGUGAGACAUGCAUCUUGUUUUUUAAAUUUGCAAGCCAGUUUUGCUCAGCCUUAUUUGCCUUGUGUUAUUCAUUUUUUAUUUAUUUUAAAUGGAUUAUAAAUGCACUUCAUUGUUAUUGUUAUUUCCACCUUUACUUUGCUUAAAAUGCCCACAUUUGCUGCUAUUUUUUAUUUAUGUUUUGUUCCAUUAUUAGUAUGAAUGAGUGAGGGGUUAGGAUUUUAUAUUCCUGUUUUAACUGAUAUGUUUCAUGGUGCAAGCUUAUUUUUUUACCCCUUAAAUACCACCUUUUCAAACAAUGGCACACAGCAGACAUGGGAAUAUCGUUAGCUGCAGAAGGAGACUGGCAUAUAAAGAGAAAAUAUUUAUGUAAUAUUUAUUAAAGUGAGGCAUUAUAUGAUAAAAAAAAAAACAAUCUCAUCAGUGCUAGUGAUGCAGUCACCUAUGCAGUGUUUACUGAACUCAAAUGUGAAAGUAGUUCAAUCGUGUCAUGUACAUAUGGUGUAUUUUUGGAAAUAUGCAUCCAUCCUUUUUUUCAAUAUUUUUCUGAGUUUGCAUUUGUACUCCUAAUGUAACUAUUUUAACAUACUGUAAGAAAGACAUACUGCCAUCAGGUUACGUGGCUGUAAAUGGCAUAUGCUGAUCAGUAUGACGGUAGUUUCUGGCAGCAGAUUUGACUCUGCUCUGUGAGAGAGAAUUUUCUAUUUUAAUCAGAUUGUGAAUUGUUCAUUGUCACAUGUGAUGUGUCACGGAGCAGUCAGAUCCCAUGUGGAUGAUGAUAAUACAGCACAGAACCAUUGUACUGCAAUAUGAAACUCCCACACAGCACAUUAUGUUGCAGUAUGAUUUCAUCUACUGAAGUCUGUAAUUUAGAGUUGAAUACAAAGAUAGGAAAGAGCACAAAAUGAACACCAUCCUCAUACCGUUGAUUAAGCUAUCUUACUGUGUGUACUGUACAGUCAUCCCACAAUGUGACCUUGCGUAUUUACACUGACUUUGUUUUCAAUCAUUUCAAGCAUGUGUUGCCAUGUGGGUGAGGUGAAUGUGAAUAAGGACGACUACAGAUCUGCCCAAAUGUUUGGGACCUGUUAAGAGAAAUGUCAACAGUUCUCAGUUACUGUAGGAUCAUCCAUAUUUCUGUUUUGAAUCAUCACUCCGCAGUGUUGUUCUGGGAGAUAGAGGUUGCAUGUGAAAAAUGCUUUUCUGUUUACACUCCUGUUUACAGUUGUGUGGCUUGCCAGCCAACCUACACCACUCAAGAUCACACUACUCAGCAUCUGUAGAUAUACCACAUUGCUUUUAAAUGUUGUCACAACAGCCAAUCCACGAACAAUGCAUCUUAUCAGCACUCAGCAGCUAUUGACAGUAUGGUUACGUUUUUAAAGAAAUUAACUGCGCAAAACUAUGUCAACAUUUUAUGCAAGAUGAGCCGCCGUCUUCUUGGUCAGAUACUCAAACAUGUUUCAGGUUAUUAUUAUUUUGAUAUGUCUUCACUUUAAAGGGACCAUUGAUGUAAAUUCGGAUGAAUUCACUUAUUUUUCUUACUGAAUAUGGUUCCAGAUGCCAUAUUGAGAGCUGUGCAUAAACCUUGUAGUGAACUGAAUCAUCAUCUGGAUCAAACCAGCCCACUGACACAGAUCAUUCCUGUUUGUUCACCAGACUGAGAGAGCUCCUGCAGUGUUUGCAUCAUUGAGAAAAGAGACAAUGUGCUGUAUAUAUUUUUAAUGUUCAAAUCUUGAUAACAUGCAAGUGUUGUGAUGCGGUGAAUGUGACUUCGCUGCAUCUUUAUAAGUAAUGUUGGUGCUUUAAAAGGCUGUGAAUCAAGGCAUAAGGAGAGGAACACUUGAAAAGAAUGACAGCGUCAGAAACAAUGGUUUUAGUGUUGUGAGGUGGAUGGUUUCAUCAAGGCAGACCGUUUUACACUGAUGUUUUUUUUUGGUUUUUUUUGAGUAGAUGGUUAUCCUUUUGGCAUGACUUAAUUGAAACAGUCGUGCCAAAAUGCAGCAGAGAUUUAUAUCUUUUAUUAAUGUGGAGUUUUGUGACUCACUGUGCUGAUGCCUGUCUUAGAUGGAGAUGUUGUGAAUUCAGAAACUGUCAACCAAGGCCUCGGCUGCCCCACAUAUUACUUAUGAAACUGCCACUCAUGGUUUCAUAUUGUACAGUCCAAUCUCAUGUAUGAAAACAAAGGUUUCUUGUCCAAUGUGGUUGGUGACUUUAAGGAACAAAUGAUAUGAGUUUUUUGUGUCGUCUGUCUCUAUCAUCUUCUGUCCCUCUCUCUCUCUCUCUCUCUCUCUCUCUAUUUUUGCACAAAAACAAACAUGAAGAGCCUUGUCUUCUCUGAACCCUGUCUGUGUGUGUAACAGCACCAGAGAGUUAACCAGGAUGUCUCUGAAUACUGUCUGACCUGGCUCUGAGUUUGCUGGAGUCUUUUAAACACUGAAUAUAAAGUGGGAUGAAAUCUUUGUGUGUGACUGAACAUGAAGAUUUCACCAGCGAUGUUCAAUUUCUGCCAGUUCACUGAAAUGAUCAGUGAGUCAAUCAGUACAAGUUUUUUGCCAAAUCAUUGUAUUUUGCCAAAUGUUGUGUUUUAACUGUAGAUGUCUGAUAGUGUCAAAGAAAAUAAAGAUAUUGAUAAGUGAGAAAAACUU